CCGGACACCAAGGCAACUGGGACUAGGAUAAAAUAUUAGACAAAGCGCUAAUUUAUGAUUAGGGCCCAUAUACAUUAGAGAUUACAAAAAGGUCUACAGAAAAUGAGCAAAGACAGAAGGGAUCCUUUCACAGCCGAAGGGAACCCCCAAAAUCUUCGAACCAGAGAGGCAUCGGGGGAGGGCAAGCUAAUUUUGUUAAUUUGUAGCUUGUGAAGGACCUUCAUGAUGUCCUUACCCCCCCUGAUGGAUCCAGAAGAGCCAGCAGUGAAGGGGUCGAAUGAGAGGUCCGCCUCCUUCUUCAGUCGGGAGCGCAUCCUCUGAGGCCUCGGGAGUGUAGGCCACUCCAAUUCACCUGCAUCUAUAGCCUCCUCUACCACUUUCAUGGUGUGGUGCCCUUAAACUUAACACCCAUAGCGUUGAUCAUGUCCCCGGCUUUCUCCCUAGUCACCCUCUUCUUGUCCUCCUUGCUGGGUUGCCAGUUUCGGGAUCUGGGGGAGAGCUCCUCCUAGGAAGAGUCAGAGGACUCUGUCACAAACAACUGGGGGGAGGUGCGGAGAAGAAGCCAAUAAAAGGGCCUUAUGGAGGUCUUCAUGCAUAGCUUCCAUCGAUGGCUUCGACACAGUCAGGUAGCCCCAAGCACGGCCAGAUUCCUAGGUGCUCCCUCCGGCAGUUCAGUGACUUGGGUAGGGUGGAUAAUGUCUAUGGGCUCCUCAUUAGUUAACUCGGUGAUAGCGAUCCUCUGGGCACCCAUGGAUGAUGACGAAGGAAGGAGGUUUAGGUUUUCGAUUGCCAAAGGAAAGCACAGUUGUGGAGAAUAGGUUCUUAGAGUUAUCCCCUACUUCAGGACAAGUAUUUAUAGGCUCAACCGGCAAAUUGCAGAAAGGUAAUGACGGAGACACCUCGAGACGGAGACUCCCUCUUCCUCUCCAUCUUCCAAAUGACGAACGGAUAGACUUGGACGCCCUCCAUCUUCUAGAUGACGAAGGGCCGACACGUCAACCGAAGGUCUUUUGCCUUUAGGGUCAAUUAACAUUCGUGUCAAGCCGCUGGACGAGUCUUCAGAUGAACACCAGAGCCUUCAUCUUCCACACGUUUUGUUGAAAUUUGGAAUGCCCUCUUUUUUUUUUGCGGCAAACCUCGAGCUUAUCAAGAGAGAGAAUGGCAGGCUCUCAGGGCUGCGAGAACCCACCGAUACUCAGCUCAAGCUGUGGAGAAGGCCUUAUAGAAGAAAUCGGAAGCCUCAAUGCCUAUGUCACUGGUUCUCCUGACUCUAAGCUUGCCAUCCUUUUCAUUUCUGAUGUUUUUGGAUAUGAAGCUCCAAAUUUGAGAAAGCUCGCUGACAAAGUUGCAACUGCUGGAUACUUUGUAAUUGUUCUGGACUACUUCUAUGGGGAUCCAUACGUAUCUGGGAGUCCUAUCCAAGAGUGGAUAAAGUCUCAUAUGCCAGAAAAAGGAAUUGAAGACUCGAAGCUGAUUAUUGCGGCUUUGAAAAGUAAAGGCAUAUCAUCCAUUGGAGCUGCAGGAUUUUGUUGGGGAGCCAAGGUAGUGGUAGAACUAGCAAAAUCUGAUGACAUCCAAGCUGCAGUACUUUUGCAUCCCGCCUUCGUGAAACCGGAAGAUAUCGAAGAGGUUAAAUGUCCAAUUGCUAUAGUGGGAGCCGAGACCGACAGUAUAACACCACCAGAAGUUGUGAGACAAUUUGAAGAGGUUUUGUUGACAAAGAAGAAGGUUGAUUACUUUUUGAAGAUUUCCAUGGGAGUUGCUCAUGGUUGGACUGUUAGAUACAGUGUUGAUGAUGAGAUAGCCGUGAAGAGAGCCGAGGAGGCCCAUACCGACAUGUUGAACUGGUUCAAGAAAUAUGUUGCUUGAAGGGCUUUCUUGGGCUUCCUGAGAUCACUGGACACUAAGCAUAACUACACGUAUUUGAUAUGGUAUCAUGCAGUUAUCUAAUAUUUGAAAACUAGGUACUUUGAGCUAUAUAUUGAUCAGAAAAUUCUGGCGAGUAGUGUGUUUACCGCUUAAAGUCUUAUGUUCAGUCGUCAUAUGAGCAAGCAUAUAUGUAUGUAUGUGUGUGUAUUAUAGCAUGUUAAUGUGGUAUGCUUCAAUACGUUAUGCAGGA